UGUGAAAGCAGUAAGCAGAGUUCCCCCCUCCCAAGCACAGGGUGAGCUUGCCUUGACAGGCAGGCACUCGUACAAGCUGCUGCUACUCCCAGUGUGGAGGCUCUUACAAAUCAGGAAGGAGGGGAAAGUGAUAGAGAAACAACAAAACCAAACACCAAAAAACUCCUCUAAAACAGCUGAGGAUGAAAGCGAUCAGGAAGAAAGCAACUUGAAGGCAGCAGGAGGAGGAGGACAACGAUUUUCCUAGAAACCUGGAACAGCAAAUCUGACCUUCCUCGGGAGAACAUUAGGCUAACCACACAAGUGCUUCAGAGCGACAAUUGCGGCUGUGUCCGUGGGCUGCUGCUGAGAGCCAAGCAGAUGCCUGUGGAGCAGUAGUCUGCUAUGCGCCGGUGGACCUGAAGCCAGGAGUCAGUCGACAGAUCCUGAUCUCAGGUGCAAUGGCAUCGAUACAGAAUAACUCCUAUCUGUCUAGGGCAAUGGAGAACUUCAUGGUUCUGCGCGCCGGGAACACGAGCGCCAACUCAUCCACUGCCGACUGCAGCGUGGAAGACAACACGUACAAGUGCAAAUUCGACGAGGAGUUCAAGUACAUUCUGCUGCCCGUCUCCUAUGGCAUCGUGUGCGUGGUGGGUCUAUGCCUCAACCUGCUGGCCCUCUACGUCUUCCUCUUCAGGAUCAAGACCUGGAACGCCUCCACCACGUACAUGUUCAACCUGGCCGUGUCUGACACACUCUACGUGGUUUCCCUGCCUUUGCUGGUGUAUUAUUACGCCAAGGGGGACAACUGGCCCUUCAGUGUGGGCUUGUGUAAAAUAGUCCGUUUCCUGUUCUACACCAACCUCUACUGCAGCAUCCUCUUCCUGCUCUGCAUCAGUGUCCACCGUUUCCUGGGCAUCUGCUUCCCGCUGAAGUCGCUGCAGUGGGGCCGCAUCCGCUACGCGCGGAGGGUGUCGGGGGUGGUCUGGUUGGUCAUAAUCACGUGCCAGUCGCCGGUGCUCUUCUUCGUCACCACCAGCGUGAGGUGCGAGACCAUCACCUGCCACGACACGUCGAGCAAGGAGCUCUUCGGCCAGUUCGUCAUCUACAGCUCGGUGAUGCUGGUGCUGCUGUUCUGCAUCCCUUUCCUGGCCAUCAUUGUAUGCUACUGCCUGAUGGCUCGGAGGCUGCUGCAGCCCACCCGGGGCACCUCCAAGAGGUCCAGGUCCAAAAAGAAGUCAGUCAAGAUGAUCAUUGUUGUCCUGGUGGUCUUCAUCAUCUGCUUCCUUCCUUUCCACAUCACUCGCACCUUGUACUACUCCUUCCGGAGCUGGGACCUUAGCUGCGGGACCCUCAAUGCCAUUAACUUAGCCUACAAAGUAACCAGGCCCUUAGCUAGCACCAACAGCUGCCUGGAUCCCAUUUUGUACUUCUUAGUAGGCCAAAGGUUUGUGAAGUUCAAGGGCAACAAAAUGCCAGUGAAAACUCCAAACCAAACAGCCCUGAGGCUAACUCCCACCAGCAACACGGGGACCAGCAGCAACCUAGAUAUGAUAGCCAAAAUGUGAAAUCCUAGCCUGCCACAUUUCUGUCCACUGUCCCGCCACAUUGCAGACUAUUCUAUCUCCGUGGUGGAAGGACUUCUCCACCGUGUGUAGGGGAGUCUGGCAUGUGGCCAUUAUGCAUGCAUAACUCACUGGUGAGUGUGUUACAGGUCCCACUCUGCACUGAGUUGCAGAGGAUCUGAGUUGUUGAAGCCCCCAGCUACAGAGGCAUGACUCUUUAGCUAAAGGUGCAGCAGCUCAUGCUUUUUGCUCUGACGGUCCUACCUGUGGUGUGUCAGCCAAGGUGACGGCUAUCACCCAUUCAGUUGAUGCCCUAGGCUUCAGGUGUUGAUGCUUGAGCAGGAAUGGGUUCAACAAGAUACACCUGUGUGUAUGUCACCAGUUUAAUGAGUUUUUGGAACUAAGGUGCUGCUGCAAGGAUAUAUUAUAAUCCCAUAUGCAUGUCCUCAUUCAGCUCUGCAACCAGAAUACUUCUCCUCCACCAAAUCCGCUCCUCUCUCUGAUUCUGAAAGAUGUCUAUCUAGGAGUGAGCAAAGACUACCUGGUGCAUGGUGGUCAGGCCAAAGAAGUGACAAAGCAUGGUAAAAGAAUAAUAGCCAUGUGAAAAGUUCAUACUGUUUUUUCUAAA